AUGGCCUCAGUUGCUGCUGAUUGUAGUGUUGCAGCAGACAUGCAGCAGGCUGCUUUGAAAAAGAGUCAGUCCAUGUCGUGGGAACAGUGGCGUCUGAGGGCAAUUCAGGCCAUCAUGAAAUGUUUGCUGGAUGAGCUGCAGCAGCACCAGAAUGUAAGUGAUGCAGUUCAUGUGACUCUACGCACAUUUCACCACUUUACUACAGCCUAUGAGACACUGGACAGCUUCAUUGCAGAGGUCUUUUUCAGCAUGGACAGCACCGACAACGUCUGUGUAUAUGCGCCGUUUCUUUACCACUUUCAGCAAGUGCUUCAGCAAUGUGCAGGAGAUCUGGACUAUAUCCUCAGUAGUGGAUACGAGUUUGCCUUCGAGCCUGCCACAGCCAUCAAGGCUUUCUACGCUAAGAUCAACCAGAAGUUCUUUGACACGAAUGAUUGGACCGAGAUGAAUGUGGACCUUAAGGGUGCGCCGUUGCCUUGGGAGUUUGCAGCUUUGUUGCAGCUGAAGAUGCACAAAUCCUUCACGAUGAAAGCAGUUCAUCAGCUUGAGGUUGUACACACUUCGCUCAAUUGUUUGCGUGGUCGGAUGGCAUCCACGCAAGCCAUGGAGCGCUUCAUGUCGCUCAUCAAGUUUGCUGCUCAGAAGUUGCGGGCUGAUUUCAUUGCCCUCCCUGAUAGCAGAGAGGGCGCGCAAGCUGAGUGUAAGCCAUGUAGCUUUUCAUGGUCUGUUUGCAAGAGACGCCGAGUAAAUGUUGACCAGUAA